AAGACAGCACAAUCAUCAUGGUUGGCAUUCAGAACGGAGUCGACGCGUGGGUCAACUACUACCAGCCCAAUGGCAGCCCUCCAGCACACAACGACAUGGCCAUCCUGUUGGGCUCCAAAGACAUGGUGUCGCACCGCAUGCGCAUCCACGAUCUGCGGCCCGCGAUGGACCGCUUCGCGCUCGACGCCAACGGCUUCCAGUGCGCCACGCUCCACUCGCAGGUGACCGACUUUGGCGACGAGAGCCAGAUCCGAAAUGUCUAUUUCAAGGAGGUGGAGCAGCUCAUCAAAGAGACAACGGGCGCAUCGCGCGUGCUCGUCUACAACCACACCGUCCGCUCCAAACCCAGCAAUGAAUUCGGCGACCAGGUCAAGGGCCGCUAUCAAGGCAUCGACGGCCCUGCGUAUCGUAUCCACGUCGAUCAAACACCCGAAGGAGCACAGAACACCGUGCGGUUCAUGUUCCCCGAGCUCGCCCACGAGGUCGAUGCCGGGAACUUCCAGCUGCUGAACGUCUGGAGACCGCUGAAGAAAGUAAACCGGGAUCCCCUCAUGGUGGCGGACAUGGCGGUCCUGCCUACGGAGGAUCUCAUCCGCGUCCCUCGAUCGUACUACGAUGGGCUGCAGUCGUCCAACUACGUGGUCAAGUACGACGGUCGACCCGCAGUGGAGGCGAGUGACCCUGUAGCAGAUGGCAUUAGUAACGGUGGCGAGCACAGCUGGUGGUAUAUUGAUCAGCAGGAGGCGCAUGAGGCGAUCAUCUUCUCGUGCUCUGAUUUGAGGCCUGGGAAGAGACCAGAGGGGACAGUGCAUGGGUCGUUUCUGUUGCCGGACCAGGAUGGGAACCCCCCACGCCAGAGCGUUGAAGUCCGUGUGGUUGCCUUCUUCUAGAAGUGGAGAUGUUCAUGUACAUUCCUGCAUAUUAGUUUAGAUUGUUUCAGCUGUCAAUAUACGAUCUGCGUUAGUUACAUUCCACAUAUGCUCCACGGAGGGAUGUAAGGGAGGAACAUUCCAGAAGCUGUCACAUUCUUCAGGAACCUAUCUGCUAGUCUAAUUCUAAUGCAAAAUAGCCUCUCUAGCCCCAUGUAUCUAGUUUAGCAUCCCACGUGGUAAGAUAAGCUGUGCCGUGUUUGAGUCGUCG